AUGGCUAUUUCCAGAGACGACACAGUGGAGACUGAAGUAGAAGAUGAUACAUUUGAAUAUGCUCAUGGUACUGUAAUGAUAUUUGCGUGGAUGGUAUUUGCUUCGACAGCUAUUCUCUUUGCACGUUAUGGCCGUGCAAUUCGUUUCGGUUCGAAAGAUAAAUUCUUAGGUGAAAAGAAUUGGUUUCAAAUUCAUCGUUUGUUGGCUUGUUUGACUUCAGUUACAACGUUGCUUGGAUUUUUUCUUAUUCUUGUUCAAACGAAUGCUGAAUGGGUAAGAGUCGAUGAAGGUCAAACGUUUGUCCAUUCUGUUUUAGGUGGCAUUAUUGUUUGCUGUGCACUUUGGCAAGCAUGGAUGGCACUGUUUCGUUGUCAUCCAGACGGUUCAUAUCGCUUCAUUUUCAACUGGCUCCAUCGAUUGACUGGAUCAUUGGCAUUUUUUCUUUCCAUACCAGCUAUUUUUAUAAUUGUCGAACAACUGGGUAAAAAUCGAACUGGCAUGAUCAUCAUUCUCUCACUUUGGUCGAUUUGGGUCGUUUGCAUUGUGAUCAUUUUAGAAGUUAUUCAAUUUUUUUUCCGAAAAAUAUCGAAAAAAGCAGUUAGCCAGCGAUAUGAAACCGAACCAUCGAGAAUUCGUGCCGAAAAUGAUGAUGGUAGUGCAACAAGAUCUUGGAAUAAUCUAUUGUUGGUUUUGUUUUCGCUGCAUUUUGUUAUAUCGAUUGCACUGGCAAUUCCACUCAUUGUUCUCAUUUGGAAUUAG